GUCUCACUCCAUCAUUGUUGCUCUUAGCCCUCCUGCUAUCGCUCCUUCCCAUUCUCGUGAUGCGCGGGGUGUGGUCCAAGCUUCUUCUACGUCACCCGUAUUCUCGACCACCAUUCGCUCGUCUACUUUGAACCUCUUAAAAUCCUCUCACAUCUCUCACCGCCAAACACCAUCAUGGCAGUGCCGAGGAAUUCCUUACGGGGCUUUCUUACACACGCGAGAGGCGCUCUCCGGAGCGCUAUUGAAACCAGUCAGAAGAUUACAUUCGUCAUUGGCAAUGAGUCUGCGGACCUUGAUUCGAUGUCAUGUUCUAUUCUAUACGCGUACAUUCGGUCUAUGUCACCGCCCAAGAAUGCCUUUAGUCCAAUUUACGUGCCAAUCACGAAUAUUCCAGCUGCUGAUAUUCAGCUAAGGCCGGAAUACCUUGCCGUAUUUAAACACGCCAAUAUUGAGUCGAAGCACUUGAUCACGCUUGAUGACUUACCCGCGCUAUCCGACAUAGAGUCGAAACUUGCACCUGAGAAUACCAAAUGGAUUUUGGUAGACCACAAUGCUCUGCAGGGUCAAUUAGGCAAGAUGUACGCUGAGCGCGUCGCUGGCGUCAUUGACCACCAUGAUGAUGAAAAGAAAGUUCCGGAGGACACAGGUGAGGAGCCGAGGAUUAUCGAGAAGAGUGGCAGCUGCACUAGCUUGAUCGCAAACUACUGUCGGCCAUCGUGGGAUAUGGCUUCGCUAUCUGCCCUGUCUUCUGGAGCAGCUCAUGCGCAGGGUGAUAGCAUGUCCAAUGACGCUGCCUUUGUUCAGCGCUGGGAUGCGGAUAUUGCCCAAUUAAGCUUGGCCAGUAUUCUUAUUGACACGGCUGAUCUCCAUGACGAGAACAAAACGACCGAGCAUGACCGUAAGGCUGUCGAGUACCUGGAAGCUAAGAUUAUGCUUUGUCCCCAGCUAGCUGCAAGCUUCGACCGAACCAGCUUCUACAAGGAGAUCAAUGCAGCAAAGAAGGACAUUGGAAGCCUAAAGCUGCAAGACAUACUUCGGAAAGAUUACAAGCAGUGGGACCAGGGUGGUCUGAAGCUCGGCGUCAGCUCCGUUGUCAAGUCUAUCGAGUUCCUCCAAAACAAGGCUGGUGACGAAGCAAGCGCUCAGACAGCUGAAGCAUUCCCCGCAGCGUUGAAGGAAUUUGCAAAGGACCGGGAUUUGGACAUGUAUUCCCUGAUGACCACAUCCACAGGUUCAGAUGGCGGUUUCCAGAGAGAGCUGUUAUUAUGGGCCUUCAACGACGGCGCCGUGUCAGCUGCCAAAAACUUUGCCACGAAUUCAAAAGACGAAUUGGGAUUGGAGGAGUGGCAGAAUUCCGACGACAUUGACAGCAAGAGGGAGUGGAGAAAGACUUGGUGGCAACGACAAGUGCAGCACAGUCGGAAACGUGUCGCACCUCUACUCAGGGAAGCCAUGACUUGACUAUGGGUGCAAGAGGGCAAGCUCUGAUGGAGUCGUGAAGACCAUCGAUCGGGUGCAAUGGUGCCGGUAGAGCGCUACGCUGGCGCGUUGGUGUCGGAUUAGCGGGAUCACCACACUUUCCUAUGUCUUGCAUUGUAGAUAGGCGCUUAGCAGCAAUUGGG